AUGGCGGACUCUGAAUCUUCUAGUCUAAAAGGCGUCGGCGGAACUAGGUCGCGCCGAGCCUGGACGGUAUCGGCAGAGUCGGAAGCGAUGGAAAGCUCUGGUCGGAGCAAUGGCCAAUCUUCGAUCGACUCGAACUCGGAACGGCCUAAAACUCAGGGAGGAGAGGUUCCGGACUCCGCUCAGGCUGGCUCCAGCGGAUUCUCGAAGCUCCUCAAUUCACGUCGCCGGCGGAAGAAGAGGACCGACACAAAACCUGCGGAUGAGCCGCCAGUGCCCGGCGUCGUCACGGAACAAGAUCUGCAUGACCUGCAGGAAAGCCGGUCAAACGAAUCCCGGAAUGGAAAUUCGGCUGUGCCGUCAUCGAACGAUAGCUCGGUCCCGCCGGAAGGGGAAGUCAUCAAUCUGUUGACCGAUGAUUCCGAGCCAGAUAGAACCCCACCGCUCACCUCUCACAAUUCCCAUACCGGCUUCUACACCUCGUCCUCCCCACUCAUCAAAACGACCUCUGUUGAUACUGCCGGCACGAUAGACAACCCUGCCGAUGUGGAAUCUGCGGUCAGCGACCCCAGCGCAACAGGAUCGGAUUCGGCUCCAAGCGAACCGCGAGAACCCCUCUCAGCUUCGGGAACCCAAUCCAGCAUGACACUGGAUGUUCCAACGGUUUCUAAUGGCAAGCGACGCAGUGUUUCACCUGGAAGACGCUUCAAAGAGGCUUUUACCUCAUCCGAUAAGAAGAAUAACGAUGCAAAUGACGAACUGGAUCGUGCGUCAUCCAAAUCGGGUGGAGGUAGAAGCGGCCGGAGUCUCUUCAGUAGUCGCCGGAGUAGUCUGUCGUCAAAACGAGUUCAGGCGACCCCCGAAGCCCCUCCUCCAAUUCCAAGUCCCAUCCGCACUGAUUUAACUGAGGACAAGCCGCGCUCCUUAGAGGCAAGCCCACUUCCCAACACCCCUCCUCAUACCGCAAUCCCAGCACCAUCCACGACGGUAACUCCGCCGACUCCUACGGAACACCGCCCUCUAAACCCAGAGAUCAUGUCAGAGAAUUUUACGGACUCGCCAGAGUCUAUACAGUCUCGAAAUUCUAUAUCUUCUCCGGGCAUCACCGUGAGCCCGUCUGGCAAUAUGAUCUCCCACCGAAGGGUGCGCUCUGCCUCUGCAGCUCAUGGUCCAAGCAAACUGUCCACGUCCAUGACAACAUUAAGCCCGCUGGAAGAGUCCAAACCAUCGAAGGCUGGGUCGAGCCAGCAAAGUGGCUUCUUUUCCUCGGUGUUCUCCGUUGCCCAGAAUGCAGCAUCUUCGUUGAGUAACACUCUAAAUUCUCAGCAGAGAAGCCGUACUCUCUUCCAGCCUCAAUCAGCCGGCCUUGACGGUCCCUCAUCAGAAGGUGUUUCAGAGGAGCUCGAACGACCGUCGGAACAGGCCAACAAAAGUGAAGAUGGGAAGCCGAGCACAGUCGAAACUCUCGGCACUGGAGACCUCAACUUCAGCCACUUGGACAUUGACACACCACCUGGUGAAGUGAUUUCGGCUGCAGAUGGUGUCGUCGUCACAAAGCCUGUAACACCAGUUGAAAGACGGAAGAAUACAGCCGUAUACCAGCGAGAUGAAGAAGCUGCAAAACUCGAAGAUCAACGCGCGGCUCGCGCUGUCAACAUGGCCUACGAAAAGCCUUCUGAAAUAACUGCAAUUGGAUCUCCUGGUGACGACGUUCUGGACCUGCAGUCUAUGGUCUCUCUUCCCAAGGACGGAAUAAUGGCAGGGGAUCAAACUCCCCCUAGCGGUAGUGUUCUUGAUGGCGACAUUGGUAGCGGUAUUAAGAGGAGUGGCAGUGUGCGCAGUCGUCUAGCCCGUCGGCACCGUGGCUCGUCCGGGGCGACGGCCUCCACAAUUGGUGCUAUAGGUGCUAGUGCUCUGGCUCUCGGUGCUCCUGGCGUCAAUGCAAGCGUUCCUCGCCUCACUGGUUUUGCUGUUGCAAGCAAAAAGCGCAACAGGGACUUUCACCAGCUGUUCCGGAGUGUCCCCGAAGAUGAUUACCUGAUCGAAGACUAUAGCUGUGCGCUGCAGCGCGAGAUCAUUCUUGCUGGUCGUAUUUACAUCUCUGAGGGUCACAUCUGCUUCUCGAGUAACAUUCUCGGAUGGGUCACCACUCUAGUCAUCAGCUUUGAUGAAGUGGUAGCUAUUGAAAAGGAGAACACAGCCAUGGUGUUUCCGAAUGCAAUUGCUAUUCAGACUCUCCACGCUCGUCAUACUUUCCGAAGCUUGCUCAGCCGUGAGUCUACCUACGAUCUAAUGGUCAACAUUUGGAAGAUCAACCACCCUUCUCUGAAGAGUUCAGUAAACGGAACUCGAGUCACAAAUGGCACAGGCGACAAGACAGAGAAGGUUGGAGAAAGCGAUUCAGAGAGCGAUGUCUCUGACGAAGACGAGAUUUACGAUGAGGAUGAGGAGGGCGACAAUGCUGAUAGCUUCUUCGAGGCUGGGGCUAGCGCCAACGCAAGUGAAAGAUCAUUACCGGGACGUGCAGGCUUGAGCCGUCAAACGUCAGGCUUGUCUACCAGCAUAGCGACACCUGCUGCUGGCCAGAAUGGCAACGGCGAUGGCAAAAAUGGCGAGAAAGCUGCAACUUCGAAAGAGCCUGACUUCCCUGGCCCAGCCACACAUGCACCCACCGAAUACACGGAAUCCAAUGGACAAUACGAAAAAGUUAUCAAGGAUGAGAUCAUCCCUGCGCCUCUCGGAAAAGUCUAUUCCCUGGUUUUUGGGCCGGCUUCGGGGGAUUUCAUGACCAAAUUCCUUGUUGAGAAUCAGAAGUCGGGUGAGCUGCAGUUUGAAGGCACGACCAAGGGACUCACCAACGAGAGUCGAAUCAGAAAAUAUUCAUAUAUCAAACCUCUCUAUGGCUCUAUUGGCCCCAAGCAGACCAAAUGUAUCAGUACCGAAAACCUGGACUUUUUGGAUCUGGAAAAGGCCGUUCUAGUCACACUAAGCACCCAAACUCCCGACGUGCCCAGUGGCAACGUCUUUGCCUGCAAGACCAAGUAUCUUUUCACUUGGGCCCCCGGCAACCAAACUCGUUUUCUCAUGACAUGUACCAUCGAAUGGACAGGCAAGAGUUGGUUAAAAGGACCCAUCGAGAAGGGUGCGAUCGAUGGUCAGACAACAUUCGGUAAUGAAUUGGUCAAAUCCCUGAAGGUCGGCGUCGUUCCCCGUGGACGCACCAAUGGUGCUGGGCGGACUAAGGGCCGACGCAAGAAGGGCGAUGCUGGAGCUGGAGAAGAUAUCGCAGCUGCAUCUUUGAAAGCCACCGCUGAUUCCAAUGCCGGACAGGCCGAGUCAUGGGGCCUAUUUGACCCUAUUCGUCCCAUCCUGGAGCCUGUGACAAGUAUGCUCAAGCCGCUCUGGGGUGGUAACAUCGCAAUUUUGCUUGUCAGUAUCUUAAUUUACAUGGCAUUCUUCCGAACACCAACUACUCCGUCCAUGCUCUCGCACGAUGUCGGUCGCCCUGGUCUUAGCCUUCCUCAGCGGCUAGCUGCAUAUGAAGAAAUGUGGCGGCGAGAGGAAAGCGAGCUAUGGAACUGGCUAGAGGACCGAGCUGGCAUGGAUGGGAUGGUUUUCCCAACACUUCACCACCGUACUCCAGAGUUCCAUACCGGCCGCAGAUCUUCUCGGUUCAAUGCAGGGGAUGAACAGGAGCUUGUUGCGCGACUCCGCGAAGAACAAGUCUCAGAUCGGGAGAUGGAUCAUGCGAUACGUACAACCCGCCAAAAACUUGAUAUUCUCGAGGAGAUGAUGAACAAGCGCAAAACAGAGCGCCUCCCCACAGAUGAGCCGAUUCGGUCCGAGCUCUGA